ACAGAGUGGUCGUUAAUAAGGUUGGAAGCUUCAGGUGCUUCCUUCGCUUCUUGGGCUACUGUGCAGUGCUACAGAGCUCGUCUCUCUCUUUCUCUCUCUCUCUCUCUCUCAACAAGCCUCCCAUUGUCUCUUUACACUUCUGCACUCUCUCUCUCUCUCAGAGUCUGGAAAGGACCCAAUUAACCCUUUUCCAUCUUCCCCCAAUUUUUCCACCGCAAGCUCUUUGCUUUCCCGGAAAAGUUCUCCGAUUUCCCUUUCUGGGUCGUCCCCUGUUUACCUCAAAUCUUUGAUUUCCAAGUCCCUUUUGGUGUCUGACCUCGGAAGAACAGUUCCUUCCCCUGAGAUCUGGUGGAGUAAAGGAGGGAUCUUUAUGCCUCUGCGGCAACGAAUCGAACAGUGAAUCAGUCAAAGACAGUUGUGUUGCCAGAGAGACCCAAUGAAGAGGAACACUGUGGAGAAGUGUCUGGAUCCUCAGCUAUGGCACGCCUGCGCCGGCGGGAUGGUCCAAAUGCCGCCACUCAACUCGAAGGUCUUCUACUUCCCUCAGGGCCACGCCGAGCACGCCCAAGGUCCCGUCGAUUUCGGGAAUUCCCACAAUAUUCCUCCCCUCGUGCUCUGCCGCCUUGCUGCCAUAAAGUACAUGGCUGAUCGCGAGACGGACGAGGUCUUCGCCAGGAUUACGCUUGUGCCCGUGAAAGUCCAAGGGCUCGACCUGGACAACGAUGGGUUGAUGGAUCAUGAUGGGGCUGAGAGCCCAGAGAAGGCCGCUUCCUUUGCCAAGACCCUGACCCAGUCGGAUGCAAAUAAUGGCGGGGGUUUCUCCGUCCCGCGGUACUGUGCAGAGACGAUUUUUCCCCGGCUGGAUUACUCUGCUGAACCUCCGGUUCAGACCAUAAUAGCCAAGGAUGUUCAUGGAGAAAGCUGGAAAUUCCGGCACAUUUACCGUGGGACCCCGCGUCGCCACCUCUUGACCACAGGGUGGAGCAACUUUGUGAAUCAGAAGAAGCUCGUGGCGGGGGACUCGAUCGUGUUCCUGAGGGCGGAGAAUGGGGAUUUGUGUGUCGGGAUAAGACGGGUGAAACGGGGAGGGUUUGGUGGCGGCCCGGAGUACGGGUCAGGGUGGAACUCGAGCUCAGGUCCGUUUGGAGGAUACUCAAUGUUUAUGAGGGAAGACGGAAAUAACAAUCCGAUGCAAAAGGCUUCGGAUAAUGGCGGGGUCGGGAGAGUGACUGCAGAAUCAGUGGUUCGAGCAGCUGCUCUGGCAGCCAGUGGGCGGCCGUUUGACGUCGCCUACUACCCGCGGGCAGGCACUCCUGAAUUCUUUGUUAAGGCAUCCUCCGUGAGCCAUUCGAUGACGAUCCAGUGGUGCUCGGGGAUGAGGUUUAAGAUGCCAUUUGAGACCGAGGACUCAUCUCGGAUCAGCUGGUUCAUGGGGACGAUUUCAUUAGUUCAGGUUGCUGACCCGAUUCACUGGCCUAAUUCUCCAUGGCGGCUCUUACAGGUUGCUUGGGACGAGCCCGAUCUGCUCCAGAAUUUGAAGCGGGUCAGCCCAUGGCUUGUUGAGUUGGUAUCUACUAUGCCUUCGAUCCACCUUUCUCCAUUCUCUCCCCCUAGGAAGAAGCUCCGUGUCCCACCAACUGCAGAUUUCUCGCUAAUGGAACAACUUCAACUUCCUUCUAGUUUUCCAAGCAACCCCCUGCUAAUGGGACAAUCAAACAGCCCCCUAUGUUACAUUCCGGACAACAUUAUUCCUGCAGGCAUACAGGGAGCCAGGCAUGCUCACUACGGACUAUCCCCAUCGGAUCUAAGUCUCAAUAAACUCCACUCCUCGAGUCUCUUCCUGAAUAAAUCCCGACACCAUCUUGAUAAUCACAACUUUGCUCCUCCUCUACCCACUCGAUUUAACCAUGAACCAAAUGGUAACCCAAACACUAACAACAUAUCCUGCUUGCUCACUAUGGCAACUCCUGCAAAUCAUUUUAAGGAAAACGGUGAGAAGAAGUCGGGUUCAGGAGGGUCCCCCCACAUCUUGCUCUUUGGUCAGCUCAUCCUCACCCAGCACCAGAACUCUGAGACAUCUUCAUCAGGUCCACCAGAGACCUCUUCAUCAGGUCCACCAGAGACCUCUUCUGAGGAAGAUAAUUUCCAGACAAGGCGUAAGGACAAUAAUAACCGGAAGACUGAGCUCGGGCUCGGGGUCGAGACAGGCCACUGCAAGGUGUUCAUGGAGUCUGAGGAUGUGGGCCGGACCCUGGACUUAUCGGUCCUAGGCUCGUAUGAGGAGCUCUACAGAAACCUUGCUGAGAUGUUUGGGAUUGAGGGCUCAGAGAUGCUGAGGAAUAUUCUUUACCGGGAUGCUGCCGGUGCUAUUAAGCAUGCCGGCGAGGAACCCUUUAGCGACUUCUUGAAGACUGCUAAGAGGCUAACCAUUCCUGCGGGCUCAAGCAUUCGCGAAUUAUUGAGAUAAGACAUCUGAGAUGUUACAUUGCCUCUCUGAAGUGUACAGUUUUGAUUACUGAAAUUUUUAGUCUUGUUAGCAAUUUGUCUCUCGUGUUACCUUUGUGGAGCUGUGGGAGAAGUCUCACUUCAUCUGGUUUUUAGGAUUUUUCUUCUUUCCCGAUCCAAAUAAAAUGUAGGUUGCGUCAUGCAUUCUGUAAGCGAAACUUAUUGAUUAAAUGUUCAAGUUCUUCAAUUGCGUCUUUGGUUCCUGUUCGUUCUGUACUUUGACACCACAUACUGGGACUUGACUGUUGAGUCCUCUCUCUUACUUGAGGAGUGAAUGAAUGUUUAUUGCCCA